AUGAAGCUCUUGGUCCUCUCGGCAGUCUUGGUCGCAGCUUACGCUGCACCUCAAGGCUAUAAUUUGGCUUCUCCGUCUGGAGGAGGAUUCUCCCAUGGUGGAAGUCAACCAUCUGGAACUGGAUUCUCUAGUGGCGGAGGAUUCUCAAGUGGAGUCUCUGGUGGAGGAUUUUCAAGCGGUGGAGAAAUCUCUGGUGGAGCUUUCUCCAGCAGCGGUGGAAUCUCAGGUGGAAGUUUCUCAAGUGGUGGUGGAAUCUCAGGUGGAAGUUUCUCAAGUGGUGGUGGAGGAUUCUCCGGUGGAAGCAGUGGUGGAUUUGGUGGUGGAUCUGGAGGUCACGCUGGUGGGUGUCGUGAUGGAGAGAUCCUGCAUGUAGAUGGAUCUUGCGUUGUUCCUGUAAUCACGAGAAAUGUAUUUGUGUAUGAUGCUCCACAACAACCUCAGCAGCCUAGCGGUCCACCACCAAGUGUCCCACCACCAAGAGUGGACCACAACAUUCUGUUCGUGCGUCUUCCUGAAGGAGGAGCAGGUCCUGAACCCAUCAUCGUUCCACCACCAAGGCAAGAGAACAUCGUAUAUGUCCUGAACAAGAACGAUGGAGCAGGAGGCCAGCGAGUAAUCGAGGUUACUGCUCCUCCAGCGACCAACCCCGAGGUUUACUUUGUCAACUACGAAGAGGGAGAGAACCCAACUCUUCCCAUUGGCGUUGAUCUUGAGACUGCUCUUAACGCUGCCGCUAGUGCUGGUGGUCAAGUGAUCGGAGGCGCCGGAGGAGCAGGUGGCUUUGGAGGCGAUGGAGGAUUUGGCGGCAGUGGAUCAGGUGGCUUUGGAGGCGAUGGAGGAUUUGGCGGUAGUGGAGCAGGUGGUUUUGGAGGAGAUGGAGGGUUUGGUGGUAGUGCAGGCGGAAGUGGAGGAUUCGGUGGUGCAGGAGGAGUAAGUGGAGGUUUCGGUGGCGUAAGUGGAGGAAGCGGAGGCUUUGGCGGAAGUGGAGCAGGAAGUAGUGGAGGAUUUGGAGGAAGUGGAGGCAGUGGUGGUUCUCCAUCCACUUUAUAUUCUGGCCCUUAAACAUUAGGGAAGGAAUAGUUCCCCUUUGCUACCUACCUUAAAGCCAUUUUGGCCAGUUGAUAUUUUAUUGAUUGUUUAUGACUUUUACUAAAAAUAUAUAUACAUAUAUAAAAUUA